UAAAGCUUUUCUUAUCCUCAUAUAAAAUUUUGAAUUUUAAAAUCUGGUAAAAAGAAAACAAACAAAAACUCGAUAAUUCUCAAGAAAUUCUUUGAACACGAAGGCGAUUCCAAGUCGAAGUAAGACUGAAACGUAUCUCUGCUCUGUACCAAUCAGUUUUUGUCGGUGACAAUGGGAAAAACAUUAUGAUGUGGUCUGAUAAAUCUUUCUUCAUGAGUUGACGUCAAAUAAUCAUGACACGAUCCUCCCAGUAACAAGGACGUAAGCAGUUUCAAAGAUGUUCUCCUUGGAGCGUACUCAUUAUUAUAGCAGUCACAUCUUCCUGUUUUAUCUACUGCUGUUGGUUACCGCAAAACAAUAUAAUCUUCGAUUGGACGAACACAACUCGCCUCCUAAAGUUAUACCAACUAGUCCAUACAACUUGAAGUACUCAGUACCAUUAAAUGAACUGACUAGUUAUCCAAUUUUUGCCUAUUUUUAUAGGUUGGAUGGAAGUGAAGUUAAGGAUGGUUCUCUAAACGAUCAAGAAGUAACAGUGACCAGUAGGAGUACUGCGAACGUUGACAACUGGAGAAUAUCCGGUGGUAAGCUAUGUCAAAACACUAAUCCUGAUGUAUUUCUACCCAUGAGAUAUAAUCGCCACACAUAUGUCAAGAAAUGUGGCUCGACAAUCGGACCGACCACACUAAAAGCGAAAGUAUUCAAUGGAACCAUUAUAAUCGAUUGGGUUAUGCAUUCUCACGAUGCGUAUUUAGUGCCAGACACCGACCGAAUAUAUAGAAUCGAUGUCCCUGGUCUAUCUAUUUCGAUAGACACGCAUCCUUUCCGUAUAACCACUCCUGCUGCUAAACUCGUCAUCACCAAACAACCACCAGUACAAAUCGGAGCCAACACAGGUUUUACCGUUAAAGCCGAGAUACAUGAUAAUGUAGGUAAAGUUAUUACGUCGGGUCUAGACUCCAUCGCUUUUGUAGAGUUGACUGUACCAUAUCGCUAUAAAGAAUUUUAUUAUCGAAAGAAUCUAGACAUGAUGUUGAAACACACGGACAUCCGAUUGGCAGGCAAAUCGACCAUGAUACACCAAAGUACCAAUGAUAUAAUUAUACGACAACAAGCCGUAGCUGGUAAAGUUACAUUCAAAGACAUUCGGAUUUUAGAUGUUGCUGUCGGCUUUCGCUUGAAUUUAACUAUGUAUAUGGCGAGAGAUCCAUGGAUCAGAAUACCGAACUGUAAAACUUGCUAUGAUGAUUUAACUCGUAAAAAUAUUUAUGAAUCCGAAAACUAUGUUAAAUUUUUUGAUUUAUCCGACAGCAUUAUUGAUGGAAUUCCAGCUAUGGCUUUUACGAAUCCUAUUAAUAUUCAGUCCCAGAAACUUGCAAGGUUAUUAAUUAGUCACAAAUUAAAAAAUGACUCAAGUAACAUAAUUACUCGAAAUUUUCCUCUUCCAGGAGACAUUAAAAUAAUAAUUGUAGAUUCUAACAAUAAUAGAAUUUACUCUGGUCCAGAUUCCAAUAUAAACCUCAAUAUUACAACACGCCCUCCGAAUGCAUGCCUUUCAACGGAUAUGACAAGAUCAAUAACAGGUGGCUUGGCGGAACUGAGAGGUUCAUUUUGUUCAAUUAUGACUACGGUGGUGAUGGAAAUUACCUCAUCUUCACAUUCAUUUGCACUGGGGCGAGAUUCCUGGAAUUUUUGA